AUGGGAAUGUACUGGGGGUUUCACGACGUAGCGGAGGCGGGGUGGUUCGGGGAUCCCCAGUCUGUGAUUGUGCGAAAGAGCGAUCUUUUCGGGUUCCCUCUUGAGGCCUUCACAACAGAUCUCACAGCAGUCCACAGGCCGCUGUGUAUCUCCUGUACCCCUCUGGCGUUGAACCCGCCGGAAAAACUGCCCGUAAGAUCUCGAGUACCAAUGUCGGGCAAGCUGGUUCGGAAAAAACAACGCAACUUCGAGGACGGCACACGAUACGAUGGCGGAUGGGAGAGAGGAUUGUUCCACGGCCAGGGAACCUUGACAUGGGCGAAUGGCUGCGUAUACGAAGGUGGUUUCCGUCGGGGAGAGCGCCAUGGAACCGGGAUCUGCACCUUCCCGGGAGGAGAACGGUAUGCGGGUGCCUGGGACAAAGGGAAGAUGCACGGAGAGGGAACUCUCGAAAUCAAAGGGAGAACGCUUACUGGAGUCUGGAAUCAAGGGGUCCCUGACUUCAACCCCCCCGUCGAUGGCUACAAGCGUUUCGUGUUUCCUGACGGAAAGGGCGUGUACGACGGGCACUGGAGGGGAUACAAGCGUCAUGGCCAGGGCUCGUUUGCCUUUUCGAAUGGUGACGUGUACGAAGGCCAAUGGUCCCACGGGGAGAUGAACGGCGAGGGAAAAUAUCAGCACGCUUCUGGGGAGAUGUACAAGGGACAGUUCAAGGACGGGCGCAUGCACGGACAGGGGACCUACUCAUGGCCCAGCACCAGGCAGUGCUACACCGGGAAGUGGAAGGAAGGGUUACGGCACGGCCACGGCCGCCACGACUUUCACUCGAGCUCCGCGGGUGACGACUGUGACCCCGAGACGAAGACGGGGGGGGACUACUACGACGGAGAGUGGAAGGAGGGCGUGAUGCAUGGCGAGGGGGUUUUCGUGGACGCCGGGGGCGAGAGGCACGCUGGCCUGUGGGUGGACGGAAUCUGUCCGGAGGUGGACUUCUCACACGUGCCGGAGGGCAGCGGCAACUUCCGAUACAGUUUUUCGGGUGGCACGUACGAAGGAGAGUGGUUGAACCGAGCGCCACAUGGACAGGGCCGGAUGGAAUACAGCGAUGGCACCGUGUACGUCGGGGGCUGGCAGGAUUUCAAGUUUCACGGCUACGGCAAACUCGUUCAAAGGGGGGUAGUGUUCGAGGGGGAGUGGUCGGAAGGGCGCAUGCACGGCUCUGGCAGCGCUGGGGCAGUACCCGAAAUUAAUGAUGCAAGGGUUGAUGUUGUCGGGGAGCAAGAGCUUGCCGUGGAGAAGUAA